CUCUUCCUGAAUCCUCAUUCCUCACCCGAGCCCCUCUCUUCCUCACUCUCUGGCCUCUGCCUCUCUGCCCUCUCGUCUCUGUCUCACGCCGUUGCACAUCUCGCCGUCGCCCCCUCAGAAACACAGGAAACGGCGCCGUUGCACCUCCCAUCUCGCCGUGCCUUGGAUUGAGCGAUAAGCGAAAAUGUAUCUCCAGUUCUACAUAAACGAGAAUGGUGACAAAGUUUAUACCACUAAGAAAGACUCGCCACUGGGACUGGCCACACAAUCUGCUCAUCCAGCCCGUUUCUCCCCGGAUGACAAAUACUCAAGGCAAAGAGUUCUUCUGAAGAAGCGUUUUGGAUUGUUGCCAAUCCAGCAGCCACCUCAAAAGUAUUGAUUCAGCCGAUAUACUGUCCUGUUUUGGAUUCGAUCUGAAUUUGAAGCUUCUUGCAUGGAAAAGUGUUGUAGUUUCUCUGCAACCUUGUCAUCAACUUUAAAUGUUUAGUGAUGUUAAAAAACUUACUUCCAGACAUUUGAGUUCACUUAUAGUGAGGGAUGAGGGAGGAUGGUUGUGUUAAAAGCACCUUUGUUCGUUGCAAUUCAAGUGAUACAUCCAAUUGAGUAAUUAGGUAUUCAUAUAUUAAGGACAUGCGGUACUCUCAUCCUGUCAUGGAAUGUUAUCAGCUAAAUUUGAUGCUUGCACCAGCAUUUUGAAUUACA